GUUUGUAACAUAAAUAUAAAUAACUAAAUAAUUAUGUAAAAUAGUAAAUGCGCAGGAUGUAUUUGAAUGUGGGACAGAGAUAUGGUAUUUAUAUAAAUAGCUGUAGACUGCGGUACUGCUGACUGCACUGACUGUGAUAUAUACUCGCUGGAUCAGAGUAAUCAAAUAUCAACAGCUUAGUGUAUACACAGGCAGCAGAACGCGAUCCUUUUCAUACAAUAUAUAUAUGAUAUUUGUGAUACACCGACGUAUUUUUAUUUUGUAACCGCACUUUAGCAGAACAAUGAACGGACAUUUGAGUAAUAGUGACGAAACUGGCUCGGUCAGUACUGUGCUGCUGAACGCGUGGGACACAGUGCUCAAGGAGAUAAACGGCGGCAGUAUAGUCUUCAUGGAUACUUGCGCGAGUGAGUCGCUGAGAUGGUCGGGUAUAGGCGGUGGUGUCUGUGCCUUACUAGACGGGGGCGCGUACAGUGUGUUGGAGUUACAGGCAAACGAAGCUUUCACAAAGAAUAGCUUGGGUAGAGAUGAGCGUGCGGAGUUGUAUCCGAACUUCCAACCAGCGGGCCACUGUGUAGGGCUUCAGGGCAGUAAAGUGGUAGUGGUCGCUGGUACAUCACUAAGUAACGUGACACAUCAUCUCAGAGCUGUGCUACAGUCGAACAAGUUCGGAGAGUGUGUGGUGCUGUGUGGCUACGAUGGCAAAGCACACGAUAUGACGACAGUGAAGGAAAAUUAUCUGCAGGGCUUGGAGAUCGAGAUACAGGAGUGGCUAGAGUCUGGGUUCGAAUCGGCGGAGGUGAAUGCGACUAUAAAAGACAUCAACACACCAUGUAGUCUUCCAGAGGGAUCCAACAUGAACCAGACUGACCAACGUCCACAAUCGGAUGAAAGUAGGAAAGCGCCUGCAGAGACCAACGAUUGGGACGUUGAUGACUGGAAUGAGGAGAAUGACGGGUGGAGUGACGGGGACAGUGCCACCACGAAGACUAAAGGGCACACACACACCAAACGCAACGAGCCAGACAACAAUGCGUGGGACAACGGCGCCGAUGACUGGGGCAAGCAAUCCGAUGGAUGGGAUGAGGAUAGUAGUGAUGCGAGUGCGAGCACCUCAGAGGACGCCACCACACACCCUGCAGCUCACACACACGAGGAUGGCUGGGGUAGCGCGGAAGAGGUGCCCAUUGCGACGGUCAGGUAUGUACCGCUUCUGACUGUUGCACCCGUCCGCGACUCCUUCUUCAUCCCGUCCUUCGGUGGAACGAUACCUUCGCUCAUACCAUCGGAUGUGCCGAGUCUGUCAGAUUAUAGCAUAAAGAAGGUCAAUACGGGAGGCAAGCCUCUGAUCGAUCUGGAAGACCUACACACUCAUAAACUUCCGAAGCAAGCUCAGAGAUCCAUUCGCGAGCUUGGAUGUGCGCUGGUAGAGGCGACCGAGUCGCUUCGUGUGAAAGCGGAUGUGUACUCUGUGGGCAAUGUCGCCCGGUUGGUAGCCAAAGAAUGUGUCAAGGCUCAGAAGUUGGGCGUCGGUGCAAUGCAUUCCCCUGCAGCCGAGCACGAGAGCGAGGCCAGUGGUGGGCACGUGCGCGCAGGCGGUUACUAUUCCAAGGCUUCGCUGGUGCUGGUAGAUCGCACACUCGACAUUGCUGGGCCCAUCUUGGCUGCGGACUCUAUCGCCGAUCUGUUGCUGAAGACUCUUUCGAAUAUCACAGGUAAAGACUGUACUUCGUCUCUGGAUGUGGCUGUGGACAUCUCUCCCGCAUUGGGUGUGGAGAAGACCUCUCUAUCACCCACACCAGACAAUGAUGACGACAAAGAAGCGCAUCUACGACCGAGUGAGAGUGCCAUCACAGGCAGCAUUGCCCACAACAGCGACAGCGUGGUGCGCGAUGCGCUGAGUGAUUUGGUGUACUUGCGCAGUCGACAGGCGCUUGCCAGUCUACGGAAUACCCUGAUACAGACUAUAGCCGCAGCAAAAUUGCCCCACAAACGAGGAGUGGCGCCGAGUAAGGUGACACACACACACCUGCAGUCCCUUCUGAAGUCAUUCCAACAGGGCGGCAUGACAGCCAUAGCGAAGCACUACGGGUUGAUCUCACUCACUCUCGCGGUGGUCGAAAGCCUCACCGCGCCCAAAUCCGGAGCACCCAAAACGGGGUUUGCCAAGGCAACAGACACGGGUAUCAAUCCACCACAUAUAUUUCAGCAAAACGCUGUAGGUAGUUCAGAGGCGUUCGUAGCGGUUGCUAAGGAGGUGCUUCUCUCUGGCUUGCAGCCGGGUGAUAGUCAUUCGUUGUACGCGCAUAUGACUCAGGUGGUGGCUGCAAAUAGGCUCAGUGUGGAGGAGGUGCUGCUGUGCUGUAUCCUGGGUGCCUCGGUACUUGGGCCAGAGUGCAUCACAUCCACAACUGAGGAGAAACUAUUUGCCGCAACACUCUUGCCCGUGGUGAUGAGUCAUGUUACUGCACCUGAUAGCCGCAACGCGCGGGGCUGUGCGACAAGUGUGUGGCUGACGCAGAAGAUCGCCGAGCGUGCCAAAGCAUCAGGCGCAGCGUACCACGGACAGAUCACCGAGGCAAUGGCAAAGGAGUGGCUCUCUGUGUGUCUAAAGCGCGUCUGGGGCAUUGCCAACGGGCGAGCGAAUCUUUCAAUGCUACAGCACGUGUUCUCGCUCGAUGUCAGCCGAUACACGCAGCUGCCCUAUCGGCCGCUGCUGGCGCAUCUGUUCGAGGCCAUGUUCGAGGAUCAGGUGGACAUCCCAGAUUUGCAACUGCAUCAGCAGGCAGGCUUUCGAAAGAAACUGCUCACCGGCUUUGUGAAAAUGUACCAGGCAUCAGCCCGUCCAACAGACCACAAGUACAUCAUCCUCUUCGUCAUUGGGGGCAUAUCCGCGUCUGAGAUGCGAUACAUCCGAGACAUUGUGGAUAAGUUUGAAGGCUUCAAGGUUCUGAUUGGCGGAACGAACUGGGCUACCCCGGCGUCCAUUUUCGAGGACACAAUCGGCUCAAUGAGAUACGACGGGUAUUGAAGCGCACCUCGCCUGUCCACAGCACUGAGUCCCCAGGACAGCCUAGUAUAAUCCCGGGGUGCCAGGGCCGAGUACCUGGGUUUAGGGUUCAACAUAUACCUACUUGGGGGGUGGUGGCAUGUGUGCACCGGGAUAUUAUGGUCAAAGUGCACAACGCUGGACUGAGCGAGUCAGUUCUGAGGGGUGUGCAGAAUGAAUCUCACUUUGAUCAAGUGUAUAGGCAGAGUCUUUCUCAGUAUCGACAGUAGCGAGCUCAGAUUGUUGUCGCAUAUACUAUGGCGGUAGAUGGAGACUACACUUCUAGGGAUGUACAACGAUUGAGGUUCCACAGUACGCACGUGGUCGGUUAGUUCCGGAUCCUUCUAUCUUCCAGCCUGGGCUAGGUGCGCAUCUCCAUACAUGCAUACCUGACAACAUCAGGGCAUGACCGGCUUGUACUCAUAUCCGUAUGUACGGCAUAUAAAACAAGUACACCACUUAGCGUGCAUGCGUAAGGGGUGUUGCCAGCUUCGCUCCUGGGCCUAUGGGGGGCCAAGGCAACUAACUUUAGACCCGUAGAGUCGUAGUCCAUCUUCCGCACAGCGCAAUUUCUACUCAGAACUACGAACCGCGACACACACCAGCUAUAACGGUUGACGCCGUAUUUGACGGGCAGGUGCUGUACAUUACCCAAUGCCCGGUGUAGUGAGUAAGUGUCGUUGUUUGGCUAGUCGCGUCCGUAUCAGUGCAGUACCUUGGCCGGAUUGGAAAGGUGCGCUGCGGCGGACGACUGGACUUUGAACGUGUGCAGACACUUGCAUGCUUCGAAUUAUUAUCAUAUAACACACACGGUAACUGCGGCGUGUCGUGAGUACUUGAGUGAUUGCCGACCACUUGGCUGCCUGCCGAGAUAUUGCUAGUCAGUGUGAUCCACUCGCAUUGUUCACUGAGUGUCCGUACCAGGAGCGCAAUAUCUAACUCGGGGCCUACUGUUACUGUAGCGAGACAACCCACGAUCAAGCAUAGUAUACAUGCAAUUUAUAAUCAUAGUUCCGAAGUUGGCUUGCCAUGGAGCUUCAAGCAAGAGACUUGCUCUCUGCACGGAGAAGGGCGAGCUUUCACCAGCACUAUCCCGUGAAAGCUCUUAAAGGCCCGAUCAUGUGCUUAUAAACGCUGCAGACAACUAACUACGAGCACGCUCGCUGUGCAACCGAUGUCGAUCAAGUUAGAUCGUAAUAUUCAGGGUGUCUCUUAUGUAUUCGAAAAGUAUCGAAAGCUACUCUAUGAAGGACUUCAAUCACAGCACGAUGAAGCCUUCCACGCAGGUUACCAAUUGACCACAAGCGAACUGAUUCACGCUGCUAAAUAGGCCACAUAUAUCUCAUACAAGUUAACCUGAGGCGCUGCAGGAGACAUUUAAACAUAAUUAUCGUGCAGAAACCCAUGUAACUUUAUAAUAUAGAUGCGAAUGCAUAUUUGU